AUGUUGUAUAAUUUUUACAACGCUCAGAACGUCUUUGCGGGUCUUCUACAAACAGAGACACUAUAUAUGCAAGGUCGGGGUGAAUACCAGGCCGCGCCAGCGCCAUGGACAGCCAUAGCCAAGUACGGUGACCCUGGUUUCUCGUGGUGUGCUGCGAAUGAUCAAAAAUGUCGCACUGCAAAAGCUACGAAUGUCGACGGCGGAUCCAAUAUCACGCUGUACAACUCAGCUGCCUGGGCCUUCUUCGACAGGUAUUGGAAUGGUCUAUAUGCGGAGCCUUGUAACGGGAGCUGCCAACCCAACAUGAUGCGGGUGACAAACAACCCUCAAAAUCUGCUUUGGUAUUCGAUCAGCACGCGCAUGGCAGACGUUAUGGUGCUUGAUGGGAAGAGCAACCCUCGUGAAUCAAACCACAAAGGCGGGUGGGAAGGCAUCAUCCAGGUCUAUGGUCAGUUCGUAGCAUGA